AUCCAUACCAGGUCUUGGGACCCACCAGCAGCCGCUUGGCAAACCCAGGCAGUGGCCAGAUCCAGCUGUGGCAGUUCCUGCUGGAGCUGCUGUCGGACAGCAGCAACGCCGGGUGCAUCACGUGGGAGGGCACCAACGGGGAGUUCAAGAUGACGGACCCGGACGAGGUCGCACGGCGCUGGGGCGAGCGCAAGAGCAAACCCAACAUGAACUACGACAAGCUGAGCCGAGCCCUGCGCUAUUAUUACGACAAGAGCAUCAUGACCAAGGUGCACGGGAAACGUUACGCCUACAAGUUCGACUUCCAGGGCAUCAGCCAGGCCCAGCAGAACCACCCGGGCGAGGGGCCUCUCUACAAGUACCACCCGGCCGACCUGUCCUACCUGCCUUCCUACCACCAGCAGAAGGUGGGCUUCGGCCUCAGCCACGCAGCCCAGCUGCCUGUCUCCACUGCUGGCUUCUUCGGGGCCCCCUCGCCCUACUGGAACGCUGGCUCCGGGAACCUCUACCAGAGCUCGCCCGUGCCCCGGCCCGCUGCCGGCCACCUGAACUCCUUCUACUAGCCACGGGGGGCACCCGGCCUGCUGGCAGCCCCCUGAACUCCUUCUACUAGCCACGGGG